GAUUUUAUCUACUAAUUUAGAAAGUAUAUGCAGUUUUACUAAAUUAAUUGAUUAAAAAUUAAGACGAUGUCAAUGUAUCAUAAAAGGGAGUUUAACAUACAUUAGUCAAAAUGAAUACUAAAAAUAAUAGGCUUCAGUAUACAUAGAAAUUACCAAAAAUUUCAAUAUUUUUGUAGGGGUUAACACAUAGAUUUUGAGAAAAAUUCAAAAAUAUGACAAUACUAUUUUAAUGCAUAGUUGCAUCCUAUACAAACAUAUAAUAAUGGUCAAAUAGGUUUGGAACUUAUGUUUUGUCCGUUUCUCAAGAUAAUAAUGAUUUUAUUGUGGUUAUUCCAUUAAUUUAAGGAGUAUAUGCAGUUUUACUAAAUUAUUUGAUAAAGAAUAAGAACAAUGCUCAUGUAGCAUAAAAGAAAGUUUAUCAUACAUUAACAUAAAUGUAGAGUGUAGUUAGAAAUUUUAAAACAACACUAAAGAUUAUAGACUUUAGUUUAUAGAACAUUUACUGAAAAGUUCAAUAUUUUCGUAUAUAUAUAUGAAAAGAAAAGGAGAGUUUGUGAUGAUAAGAAUUGGUUAGAGAAGACAGUUGUAUCAAUUCAACACAAGAAACAAAAAAAUGUCAAAACUCCCUUUCACGUUCGAAAAUGACAUGUUCUACAAAAGCAAACAAGAUUAAUAUCAAAUAAAAAAAAGGUACAUGAGUAAUUGAAAUAAAAAGAAUAAAAAAGGUACAUAUAUUUACUACUUUUCAAGAGCCUCUUAAAGUCCACAUCAUAUAUGUGGCUGUUCAUGUUGAUACCUAAUUCCAAAUCCCAUUGGACUAAUGUUAAUUAUUAUUUUACUACCUCUUUAGAUUUUGAUUUUUGUAUAUGUACACAAAUAAUUGAACAACAAAAAAACUGUUUAAUCUUACCAGAGAGUAUUGACUGUUGAAUGAACAAUGACUUGCAUCCUCGGGCCCAUUAUCAAUGACCAAUAAUGUACCACUGAUUUUGUAAUACUGGGUUAUGUUUAACAUUAAGAUGGACCGUUAAUGAAAGACCCAACUAACAAGUGGAUGAUUAUUUAUGAAAAAGUGGAUGUUUAUUUUCUCCAUAUCCAUGAAUGAAAAUGCUUAACGAGGGUAUUGGGAGCAAGAGUAGCGGCAUCAGCAGCGGCAGGGGGGGAAGAAGAAGGCGUCGUUGUUGCCAGUGGUGGAGCCACCUUUAUGGGAGGUGGGUCAAUUGACCCAGGUGGAAAAGAAUUUUUUGCUUAUAUUUACAAAACAAAAAUGGGAAAAUACUGUAAAAAUUAGCCUAUUGACCUUUAUGAUGUAUGCAAGCUCGUAGAGCAGUAAGUCAUGGCUACACUCUCACAUUCACUAAACAUAUCAAGUUUGGUUUACCUUCAACUCUAAUUUUUUAAUUAUUUUUUUUUUUUUUAAUCUGGGGUAGCCCAAAUCCAUGGAGAAGCCCAGACUAAUACUUCAACUCUAAUUGUUACCGCCAUUGGUCUCUUCCUUAUCAAGUAAUCCAUAACUCACUCUGUACAUGCUUUCUUUAUUUUCUCUAGUUGAUGAAAAACAUUUUUCAUUUCAAGAACCAAUCACUAUGUUCAUUUCAUCCUUUGUACACGCUUUUGUAAUUCAAUAUUUACACCUUAGAAAAGAAACAAGUAGCUAUAGCAACUAUAUGUGAUUUAUGUUGAAUGAAUGGUACACACUUUUUUCUCUAAAGGUGAUUCCUCACGUAUUCAUGGACAAUUAAGAAAAUAAAACAGAUUUCUUUUUUCUUUAACUAAAUGCCACGUGGACAUAAUACAUGCAACGUGUUUAAUUUUCCGAAGUUCAACGACUUCCGUCCCUUUGUUUUGGUUGGUCGAACGACGUCUAUAAACCCAAUAUAUUUUUUGCCAACUGACAAGCUGUACGAAGAACUAAUAAGACGAUCUAUAACGCAGCUAGCAAUCGUGGCUGUACCACGGUGACCUGAUCCGAAUCAGAGGUCAACGUUAAAUCUCUAUGAUAGUUUAUUAAUUUUAAAUAUUUAUUUUAAUUUUUGAUAUUUCGACGCAGGUAUCGUAGGCACCGGGGCUUCUUCUAUUUCUUCAACUACAAGCCCCAAAUUUAAAUACUAUACUAUAUAUAUUGAAUACCACUACUGUACGUUAUCAAAAACGACCGUGGACCUUCGUCUUUGUCUUCAUUUUUUCCUUCUUGAAUUUUUAAUAUUGUCCCGCACCAUUUGGCACGUGUGAGACCGGACCUUUAUGGUUGAUAGUUGUCUCCCUAUAAAUAUAUACUUCACCGUCUUUUCUUUCUCCCACGAUUGAUAGCUCUCUCUGUUUCUCAGUUUGGUUAUCGGACAACAUUUGUGGCGGAAGCAAAAUGGAGAAUCUGGUGGGGCUAAGGUUUAUUCCGACAGACGAGGAGAUCGUCGACCAUUAUCUCCGUCUUAAAAAUAUAGGUGGUUCCAACACGAGCCAUGUCGAUGAAGUCAUUAGCACAGUCAACAUCUGUAACUUCGAUCCUUGGGAUCUGCCUCCGCAGUCGAGGAUCGCGUCGAGUGAUCAGGUUUGGCAUUUCUUCGGACGCAAGGAAAGCAAAUAUAACAAAGGUGAGCGACAGAAGAGGAAAACCAAGUCUGGUUUUUGGAAGAAAACCGGUAAUACCUUGCCUAUCAAGCGAAAGAGAGGUAACCGCCAAAAAAUCGGUGAGAAACAGGUUUUGGUGUUUUACAAGAACGGAUCCAAAUCCAACUGGGUUAUGCACGAGUAUCACGCUUCUUGCCUCUCUCCUCCUCAGAGCGGCGCAUAUACUAUCUGCAAAGUACAGUUUAAGGGUGAAGCAAGUGAGAUCUCUUCUUCUUCCGGUGUCGACAAUGUUGAGCACAGUCCCACUCCUAUGACCAAUCCUGGAGGAUCUGAGGUGGGUCAAUAUCUCUUUUACUUCCUCAGAAGUCAGAACCAUAUCUCAUAGACACUCAUUUGUAUUCUUCUUCCCCCUUUUUUUUUCUGGAUUACAGAGUCCAAGUCAGUUUAGUGGUUUUCGUGACCAUCAGCAAGAAAUGCAGUUCGAAUCUGAAACUCAGACAGAUUUCGAAGAGCUAUUAAGCUAUGAUUUGAAUAGCCUGCUUGAUUAUGAUGGUGAUGAACAGAUUGAGAUUGCUUCUAUGCAAAAGUCAAUGACCAGUAUCUUCAUCGGUCAUAUAUAGUAGUGAUGAUUAGUGAUUCUGAUUACAUGAUUUUACUUUGUCGGUUUGUCCCUUGAUCGAGAAGAAGGGAGCUGUUUUUGUAUUACAAUAUAGGUUUUUAGUUAACAAAAUUCACCAUUGUUCAGUGAUAUGAUUUUGUAGUUUCCACAUAUGUAUAAGUUAUAUCUAGCUUGUUUCGUUACAUGUAAGAUAUAUGAAAAGAAAAAGAGAGUUUGUGGUAAGAAUUGGUUCGAGAAGACAAAUUUGUAUCAAUUCAAUACAAAGAAUCAAAAAAAAAAAUGUCAAAACUCUCUUCUUUGGCGUUCCAAAAUGACAGGUUCUACAAAAGUAAACAAGAUUAAUAUCAAAUAAAAUUUUUUACUUAUAUUCACUACUUUUCAAGAGUCCUUCAAGUCCACAUCAUAAAUGUGCUUGUUCAAAUUGAUGUCCAAGUCCAAAUCUCCAUUGGACUAAUGUUAACUAUUAUUUACUACCUCCUUUUAGAUUUUAGAUUUUAUAUUU